AUUUAUUUUAAUUAUAUUCUAAGAAAGUUUAUUUUCUUAUCAGCAUACUAAACUCUCGUUUAUAUAGUUUCAUUAACAAAAGUUUCAACACAAUCUAAAAUUCGUACCACUACCAAAACGAUGGCCACAAAAUCUAAUAAAUAGUGUACAAUAAAUGAUUUUCUAUAAAUGAUGAAUGGAUAAUGACAGUCUCUGAUUUUCUAAAUGAAAGCUAAACUUGAAAAGAAAUUUCAACUUUUGUGGUCAGUUGGAAAAACAUUCUUGAUUAGAAAAGACCUAUAAAAUUAGCUAAAAUCAUCUAAAGAAAUGAAUCGUUUGCAAUGGCUUUUAGGAUUCACUUUGGUGGCUUGUAUAUGUUUUGUGGGCGUGCAAGCCGAUAGUGACAGUGGUAGUGGCAGUGAAAGUAACGAAAGCGGUAGUAAAAAACAUAAUAAGAAACAUAAAUAUACAGCACCAGCACCACCAGGUCCUCAACAUUACGAUCAUCCAAAUUAUUACAAUCAUCCAGUUUAUAUGCCUCAAGGACCUCCCACACCAUAUGGAGGUUAUUAUCCUCCUCCAAUGCCUUACUAUUAUGGUUAUCCACCACAGUCACCACAUCCAGCUGGUCCUAUGCAACCAGGCAAUGGUCCUUAUGGUGGCUAUUAUAACCAACCUCCACCACCAGCAGUUCAACAACCAGGUCCACCACAAGUUCCAACUGGUCCUAUGCAACCAGGCUAUGGUGGUCCUUAUGGUGGCUAUUACAACCAACCUCCACCACCAGCAGUUCAACAACCAGGUCCUCCACAAGUUCCAGUUGAAUCAGCACAAGGACCUCAAGGAUUUCCCGGCAUACCCGGUGGUAGCAGCACUAUUAAUCACUCUCUGAAAGUAAAUAAGGAAUAUAAGGAAGAUGGUCAUCACUAUAGGCCCGAUGGUACACCACAAGAAUAAAUAAAAGUAAUAAUAAAUAACAUAAUCGAAA